AUCGACUAGUCACAGCGAAUCAAACCCACAGUUGUCCAACUCGGCUACCGCACCAGGACUCGCACGAACCACCGCUGUUAGGACAUAAUGCAUCGUGCCCGGACAGCCCUGCAGCUGAUCCAGCAUCCCGCUGGUCAGCAAAAUUUCGGAUCCUGGUUGCUCCGAAGUCCCGCAUCGAAGUUGACCAGCGAACUGGUGGCAGCUUCGUCAAUCAAGCUGUACAACUCCGCGGCCGCGGAACCUUUCCUGAAUGGCUCGUCUUCUAAUUACAUUGACGACAUGUACAGCGCCUGGUUGAAGGAUCCGGCCUCAGUCCAUGUGUCCUGGGACGCGUACUUCCGCAACAACUCGUACGGUGCCCCGCCAUCGCUAGUGGCCGUCCCUCGAAAUCACGUACCCGCCUCUGCUUUCCUUGGUAGUUCCUUACCUGCGACCGCAGGCGCUGGCGCCGCUGUCGGAGGCCGCAUCGACGAUAAGCUCAUCGAUGACCAUCUGGCCGUACAGGCCAUCAUCAGAAGUUACCAGAUUCGCGGUCAUAACAUAGCCAAAUUAGAUCCGCUCGGAAUCAGUAAUGUGGACCUUGACGACAAGAUUCCAACGGAAUUACUAUAUUCGUCGUACCGCUUUGACAUGCGGAUUCUCAAGAACUUAGGUGAACAUGUUUACAGCACGUUGUUAUCGAUGACUCAGAAGGAAGCCGACAUGGAUCGCGUGUUUAAGCUUCCCAGCACGACUUUCAUCGGUGGUAAGGAGAAAUUUCUUCCGCUGCGUGAGAUUCUGAGCCGCCUUGAACGUGCCUACUGCAACAAAAUCGGCAUUGAGUUCAUGUUCAUCAAUUCACUGGAACAGUGUAACUGGAUCCGUGAGCGAUUCGAAACACCCGGAAUCAUGAGCUACACCAACGAGGAAAAGCGUCUCAUUCUUGCCCGUUUAACACGUGCUACCGGCUUCGAGGCUUUCCUGGCCAAGAAGUUCUCCUCGGAGAAGCGUUUCGGUCUGGAAGGAUGCGAAAUCAUGAUUCCAGCAAUGAAGGAAGUCAUUGACGUUUCUACCCGCCUUGGAGUUGAGUCCGUCAUCAUGGGUAUGCCGCAUCGUGGUCGAUUGAAUGUUUUGGCCAACGUGUGCCGCAAGCCUCUGAAUCAAAUCUUCUCCCAAUUUGCUGGUCUGGAAGCUGCUGAUGAUGGUUCGGGUGACGUCAAAUACCAUCUUGGAACUUACAUUGAACGUUUGAACCGUGUAACGAACAAAAAUAUUCGUCUUGCCGUUGUGGCCAACCCGUCCCAUUUGGAAGCUGUCGAUCCAGUUGUGCAGGGUAAGACCCGUGCUGAACAGUUCUACCGAGGUGACGGUGAGGGCAAGAAGGUGAUGUCCAUCCUGCUUCACGGAGAUGCCGCCUUCUCGGGCCAGGGUGUUGUUUACGAAACGAUGCACUUGUCAGAUCUCCCUGACUACGCUACUCACGGUACCGUGCAUAUUGUGGUGAACAAUCAAAUCGGUUUCACGACCGAUCCUCGUCACUCGCGCUCAUCGCCCUACUGUACGGAUGUUGCUCGUGUCGUCAAUGCUCCGAUCUUCCACGUGAACUCCGAUGAUCCAGAGGCCGUCAUGCACGUUUGUAAAGUUGCUGCUGAAUGGAGAGCAACAUUCCACAAGGACGUAGUUAUCGAUUUGGUCAGCUACCGUCGCAAUGGUCAUAACGAAAUUGAUGAACCCAUGUUUACACAACCGCUUAUGUACAAGAAAAUCCGCAGUAUUAAACCGGUACUGGACAUAUAUGCCAACCAGCUGAUUACGGAAGGCGUUGUGAAUGCUGACGAGGUCAAGAGCGUUAAGGAUAAAUAUGACAAAAUUUGCGAAGAAGCAUUCGAGCAAGCCAAGUCGGAAACUCACAUCAAGUACAAGGAUUGGUUGGAUUCGCCGUGGUCCGGUUUCUUCGAGGGCAAGGACCCAUUGAAGGUAUCACCGACCGGUGUUAUUGAGGAAACGUUGGUUCAUAUUGGCAACCGUUUCUCGCAACCGCCUCCAAAUGCCGCAGAAUUCGCUAUUCACAAGGGUUUGAUGCGUGUUCUGUCAACACGUAAGGAAAUGGUUGAGAAUAAGACUGUCGAUUGGGCUCUGGCAGAAGCUAUGGCGUUUGGAUCCCUGUUGAAGGAAGGUAUUCACGUACGACUAUCCGGUCAAGACGUUGAGCGUGGUACGUUCUCUCAUCGUCACCAUGUGUUGCACCAUCAAACGGUUGACAAAGCUACCUACCGACCCCUGUGUCAUCUCUACCCUGACCAAGCCCCUUACACUGUGUGCAACAGCUCCCUGUCCGAAUUCGGAGUCCUCGGAUUCGAGCUUGGUUACUCUAUGACCAACCCUAAUGCCCUUGUCAUUUGGGAGGCUCAGUUCGGUGAUUUCAACAACACCGCCCAGUGCAUCAUUGAUCAAUUUAUCUCAUCCGGUCAAGCGAAAUGGGUAAGACAGAGCGCACUCGUAAUGUUGCUCCCACACGGUAUGGAAGGUAUGGGUCCAGAACACUCGUCAGCACGCGCCGAACGAUUCCUCCAAAUGUGCUCGGACGAUCCAGACUACUUCCCACCAGAGUCGGAAGAAUUCGCCAUCCGUCAGCUGCACGAUAUCAACUGGAUCGUUGCCAACUGUUCGACCCCGGCAAACUAUUUCCACAUCCUGCGCCGGCAGAUCGCUUUGCCGUUCCGUAAACCACUAGUGCUGUUGACGCCCAAAUCUUUGCUUCGUCACCCGGAGGCUAAGAGCAACUUCAACGAAAUGAGCGAAGGAACCGAAUUCCAGAGAGUUAUCCCCGAUGCCGGCCCAGCUGCGCAAAACGCAGGCAGCGUCAAGAAAUUGAUUUUCUGUACCGGACGUGUGUACUACGACCUCACUAAGGCACGCAAGGAACGCAAUCUCGAAUCAGAUAUUGCCAUCAGCCGAGUUGAACAGAUCUCGCCGUUCCCGUACGACCUGAUCAAGGCCGAAUGCGCUAAAUACCCGAACGCCGAGAUUGUCUGGGCCCAGGAAGAACACAAAAACCAGGGCUACUGGACCUAUAUCGAACCACGAUUCGACACCGCGAUUAACUCGACCCGCGAAAUCAGUGUUCAAGACAAGCUUGUGCCGCAGAAAACCGCCCAAGCCCAAGGAUUCAAUAUUCAAGGUAGUUUCAAUGCGCCAACCGACGGUACAUCGAAGAGUCGCAAAGUGAAAAUCUCAUCGAGAGCACUUAGCUACGUCGGCCGUCACUGUGCGCCAUCAACCGCGACCGGAUCUAAGGCCCAGCACACGAAGGAGCUUAAGAGUUUACUGGAUAACGCUAUGGCCUUGUAAAGAGAGCAAAGUGCGAAUUCUGAAUACCGAUAGGAAAACAGUGAUCGAGGUCAUCCCGAAACCGUUUCAAUCUGUUUUGUUCCUUGUCUUGUUUCUAUUUAAAACUAAAUACAAACAUAAAAAUAAACUUCACAAAUGACUAAUAUGAAAACAUGAAAAAAUGUACACAGUUUCAAACAACACUGAUACGUUUGAGUACACACAAUAGAGCAUAUUAUACGUUAAAAGCAAAAUCAAAUAAAAUGUGAAGAAAGUUGAAGUAAAAAUGAUAUCAGUGCAACUUUACUGCUUAGAUCGUAGGUAAUUUAUUCAUUAUUGGAAACUAGACACAAGAACAGAAUACCGCAGUUUAAGAGAAUCAUGUUUGAAAGAAUCACACUAUUUAUUUAAUUAUUCACCGAGCUGAAUAACACUGAAUUGAAUGUGUUUUUUAGUUGAUGAGCGCUAAUAAAAACAGAAACAGUGAACCUCUGUACAUUGGAUUGUAUUUAUUGUUGUAGCAAAAGUCAGCUUAUCAUGUGUCAAGGAAAUGUGUGUAUAUUCGUCUUUGUACGAUAGGUAUUACGAAUUUUGGACGAGUAUUACAGAUAGCUCUGGAAUCUGAUUCUAUAAGAAAAAGAUCUAGCAUCAGAAGGAAGCCACUUUUACAAAAAGUGGAUGAUAAAAUAAAUGAUAUUACUUUCUCUACAUGAAUACCUUUCUUCAAUAUUUUUUGAGUCGUUUAUUCAAUUCGGUGUGAUUUGGAAAAGUUUGAAAUUUAAAUGUUACACAGCGUCACUUCGUUUAUUGGCUCUCAUUUGCUUUUUUAAAUCAAAAUUUACUGAAAAAUUUUCAAGCCGGUAAUGCUAAAAUACAUUUUCACAUUUCACAAA